CUUCCAUGUUGCAGGCGGAAAGAAGUGGCGGAAACGUAUGUAGCAUGAGGAGAAAACCCUGAACACACGCUGCCUUGGCCACCCCCAGACCACCACAACGCACAGGCAAGCACCGCAGCACCAGACACAAACCAUGGCACUGCCCAGCUACGUGUCAACAGAGUGGAUGGGGCUUGGACAUGCCACCCUCCGCUUCCGCCCAAAAAAGGUGCCAGUGGUGGAGCCUCCUAAGGCCAGUGAGGAUGAGGAGGUGGAAAAAGUGGAAGAGGACAGUGCCACUCCUGACCAAGACUCCUGGUGGUGGUGGCUCCCUGGCUCUUGGGGGGAUGGUGGUGUUUCCUGGUUCUCCACACCUAAGAAAGCCAAGCCACAGAUCCAGCCAAUUAAGACACAUGCAAUAGAGUGUUACCUGUCAGCAGUGUACAUUGGGGAGUAUGGGGAGAGGAAGAGCAACGCAUCCAAAGGUGGCAAGAGUAGCAGUAAGCGUCAGGAGUGUGUGGAGGAAGAACCAGCCAUCAGCACACACCAGGCUGAUGUGUGUGGCCAGAACACUGCCAGUGACAGCUCACUCACCCACUUAGAAGACAACAAGGAUGACUUGAGGCCCCCAGGGAUAGAGUCCGAGGUGUGGAGUGCAUGGCUGAUGUACUGGGAGGCAUGGAAGGAUGUACUGAUACCCUUGUCCUGGGUCCACAAGUAUCGGGAACACUGCAAUUCUGAAUUUAUCACGUGGUAUGACUCUUACGUGCAAGACUACCCAGAGGUGCUGCCCUGGAUCACUGAGGAGCUGGGGGUCAGUGAGCUGCUGGAGGACAAAACACGAACUAGUAACCUUGAGAAUGGCUGUGGAGAUUCUGUAGAGACCAAUGUGUGUGAAGGAAAGGCUGUAGGAACCAAUGUAGGUGAAGGAAGAGAAGCUGUAGGAACCGAUGUGCGUGAAGGAGAGGCUGUAGGAACCAGUGUGUGUGAAGGAAAGGCUACUGAGGGUGAAGACAAUUCCUCUGACUCUGAGUUUGAUAUGACAGAAUUCUUUGACUUCCUAAACGGUGAUAUUGAUAGUAUAGGUGAGAAUGCAGAGGUGAUAGUGAAGGAUACUGAGUCAGGGAAGGAGGAUAAGAGUGUGAGUGGUACAUCUAAGGAAACUGGUGAGACAAGGGGAGGUGUGAGCAUACUGGUGUUGGAUGACCUGUACACCAAGCACACUAAGAAGAGGUACCUGGUGCACUUACGGACCUUCCUGCACAGUUCUGAGGUAGAGAGCAGCCAAGACCUUGACACAUUCUUUAAAACAGAGGCUGGCAUUGACUUCAACCUUCAAACUGCCACUGUAGAAGAUGAGACAAACACCAAAAGACUGAGUGACGAUACAGGACACUCACACUCCAUAAAAAACAAAGGAAAGCUCAAAUCACAGAAGCAAACAGAAGAUACAAGAAAAGAAACCCUGGAAAAUGGUACAGGAACAUAUCAGCCGGAGCGUUCACCCAUCCUCAAGGUCACAACGACAGGGGAGGCUGUGAUGCUUUGCUGUGUGAGGAGAGGACAGCGCCACGUGUAUCUGAGGCGACAGGUGGAUUGGUGGAGUGCACUGGUGGUGAGGAAAGCACACAGGGUCUGGCUGGUGGUGCUGGUGGGGUCAGUGUCUCAGCCAGUCAGGAACACAAGACUUCCAAAAGGAGGAGAAAAGAGGAUAACGUCAAGUGAGAGGCUUUUCAUGUCUCAGGGGACAAGCUGGGCCCUCAAGUAUGUGCAGGGAAAGACAGCAACUCAGAGUGAAGCUUCCCAACCAAAUAAAAGGCCCCCAGUGUCUCCUGAACUCCAUGGAGCUGUCCCUGGCACCUCCAUAGCUCCUGAGCCCCCUGAAACAGCCCCUGGUGCCCUGGAGGUAGCACGGACUGGUGAGAAAGAUGUCGUGUACACUGAGGAGGAGGAGGAGGAGGAUGAUGCUGUACGGGCAUUCUUUGAUGAUUUAGACGAAAGUCAUAGAAUAUUUUGGAAGAAUUAUAAUAAACGUCAAGUGGAGAGAGCUGUGUUGGAAGCGUUGAACGAGCCACACACACGCCUCCAGAGACUGCUAGUGGAUUGUAGGGCGUUUCUGGGCAGGGCGGCUGAGGUUGUUCAUGAUGUCUUCCUGCCGUUCACCAUCCUGCACUUCCUCAAUGUGGCCCUUCCUGGCACUGCAGUGAUUGAGUAUGAGAGCUCAGUGACGGAGGAGGUGCCCGGUGAGAGAGAGAGGCUGAAGAGCAAGUUUGAUGGGUUCAUAUAUCUUCAGAGGAGAAACCUGGAGCGUAAGUUUCCCCAGAUUGCCAACUUCUCCAUCAGGAUCUUCAAGGAUGUGGUGGUGCCUGUAACUGCCAUUCAUCUCAUCAAAUGGGUUCUUGGAACCUUAGAGAUGAAGUAUCAGUUCCCUCCCAUGGUGUUUGGUGUUCAGUGGCUGCCUCUACCUGCACCAAGUGUCUCUGGUGACGGGAAGAACAUCAAGCGUCAGCAGAGGAGGUUGCACAGAUUUCUGGAGGAGCAGGACCCAAAUGUCUCGCCGUCCUCCACUGUGAAUCUAAUAGGGAAGGUCAUGCACAGAGUGAAUGCAGAACCUGACUCGAGGACGCCCCAGAGGUGGUACCAGGAGGUGGUGAGGGAGGAGGGCAGCGUGCAGGAGGGCAAUCCACACCUCACUGCCCGCGUCCUGCAUCUUGGCAAGAGUGGUGAGGGUAAGAGUGGAGGCAGUGGUGUGCGUGGUGAGGUGGAGUGGCAGGCUGCUCAGAUCACCUUUGAUAAGGACGGAAACUUCUGUGUGGCCAAGGAAGACCCCAGCACUGCCAACCAAACACAGGAGUCAGAAAGUGAGGAAGAGGUGUGGGAAAGGAUCAUCUCCGGGUGCCAGCGUCUCUCCUACUGGGUGAAGGGAGGCAGUUUACCUCCAGAUCUCCCCAAGGACAUCGAGAAGUACUGGGCGCAGCGAUACAGACUCUUCCUCAACUUUGACCAAGGCAUCAGGCUAGACAAUGAGUCGUGGUACUCAGUGACGCCUGAGUUCCUGGCGGCCCACCAGGCAUGGCGGUGUAGGAGUGCGGUGGCUGUGGAUGCCAUGUGCGCCGGCGGGAAUGCCAUACAGCUGGCAAAGACCUGCGGCCGUGUGAUAGCCAUUGACAAUAACCCAAAGAAGGUGGAGUUGGCACGACACAAUGCACAGGUGUAUGGCGUGGCUGAUCGCAUUGACUUCAGGGUGGGGGACUUCUUCAAGCUGGCGUCCUCCCUCAAGGCUGAUGUGGUGUACCUGAGUCCUCCGUGGGGUGGCAUCAAGUACCUGGAGGAGGAGGUGUACAAUGUGUAUCGUCUGGGCGGCACCAUGAACUGUGCCCGCCUGAUGAGGGCCGCCCGGAGCAUCACACCCAACGUGGCACUCUUCCUGCCCCGCAACAGUGAUGUGUAUCAGGUGAUUGAGCUGGCUGGUGUGGAUGGGAUGGUGGACGUGGAGACAGCCUACAUGGGUCCCAAGAAGAAGGCCAUCACUGCUUACUUUGGGGACCUGGCUGUCAAGUGCUUCUGCCAAAACUAUCGCUCAAAAAUUAAGCAGUUGAAUUAGAGUGUAGCAAUGAGCAAUCCACUGUGAUGAAUGAAUGAAGCAAUGAGUGUCAGGGUUCAGAGUAUUCAUUGUUGUAGGAUUUGAUUUCUUUUAUUGUGUAGAUGUUUGUUAGUCGUGUUUUUAAUGAUUGGUUUUUAUUUUGAUUUGUUGAUGAUGGAAAGAUUCAACAUUGCCUAAUAUUUGGUGAGAUUAUUACAGUUUUAUAUAUCUAUAUUUUAGUCAUUUUCACUUUUUUUCUUUAUUUAUCUGUUAUUUUUUUCUUUGUGAAUUUUGACUUGUUGGUGAUGGAAAGAUUCACCAUCGCUUAAUAUUUGGUGAGAUUAUUGCAGUUUAUGUUUUUCUUAUUUUAUUUUUUAUUUGAUUUUCUUGUCAUUAUCACUUUAUUUUGCUGUUAGAACUUUUGUGAAUUUCUUUACUCAUUGAUGCUGCAAAUGUCCACCAUUGCCUAAUAUUUGAUGAGAUUACUACAAUUUACACAUUUCUUUUUUAUUCUAUUGUCAUCACUCCUUUUUUUUUCUUUUCCUGUUAGACUUUUGAUAAAUCUUUGAGUCAAUUAUUUACUCACCUUAUUACCAUGAUGUUUACUUAGUCAUUUCUUUACUUCCUUUUAUUAUUCUGAGUAGUGGCAUUAUCAGAGGGCUAGUAUGUGAUAUCCUCAGGUCCAUAUUGUGAUCACCACACUGCAAGACUACACCAUCACCAUUGUCACUGUUUUGGACCAUGGAAGAGGAGGAGGAGGAGGAGGAGGACGAGGACGAGGAAGACUACAGUACUGGGGGGGGGGAAGUAUCAUCACUAUUAUCAUUCAUUUAUUAUAGGGGUGGAGGAGUUUUUUUUCAGUCCUCAUCUCUCACUCAUCCAUCCAAGACAGUAUAUAUGUAACACACACACACACACACACACACACACACACAGAAUUUACUGAUAUAUGUAGAUGCUUUUUAGAAGAGAUGUCAUAUUUUUCUGGUAUGACUGACUAAUAUCAAUGGUCAGUGAGGUGUCUUUCAGUGGGGGAAUUUGUGUCUCUGACUGAACCUUGUGACCUUGUUCUUGUCUGCCUCGCAAGGAAAGGUUGGUUAAGAUACAUUGUUUUAAUUUAACUGCAAAGAAUUAACAUUGUUUACCAGCGUUAGUGAAAUGUUCGGUUUUAGAAUACAUGUACCAGUUCUUAAUCCUCUAAGUACCAUGACAAGUUCCCAUAUUCAUUCUAUUUACUGAUUUAUGAUUUUAUACAGCUUCAGAAACUUGUGUGGGGAUUGAAAGAGUGAAGACGAAGGCCAUUAAUCUUCUGACCUCCGUAGAAUCUUCGUAACGUCAAUAAAAUGUUCUAAUCGUACAUAAAUCACAAGGUAGAAAUGCGUCCUAGUACUGAAGUGGUUAAAUUUUAUACGGAUGUUGAGAUGAAAUACUGCUCUUCUAUAACUAACACGCCUGCCUGUAAAGACGUUAACCCCAUCACUACUUGAACGCAUUUUUCACCUUGAGAUUUAGGUAUGAUUAGACGAUUUUAUAUGCAUUAAGAAGAGUCUGUGGAGGUCGGAAGGUUAAUGGCCAGUCUUCACAAUUUUAAUUCCCUUCCAAGUUUCUGAAGCUGUAUAGUCACCAAAUAAUAAGCAGAAUGAAUAUGGAAACGCGUGAUGGUACUGAAGGGGUUAAGAAAUGCCAAACUUAUCGGAGAAAAUUUAUUAUCAUCCUUUUAUGAGGUUUAGAAGUAAUUUUAAACCGAUGUUGCGAUAAAAAAAAUGUUGCUUUAACAUAACUAUCACUCGCCUGUCAGUAAAAGUAUUAAGAAGAGCCAAACUUAAAUAAAGAAUGUUAAAUAGAA